AUCCAACUGUCAAUUUAAUUUGUAGUAUUAGGCUCUCAAUCAUGGAUGGAUCUAAAGCUGUCCCAUUGACAGAGAUGCCUCUGGGAAUUGAUGCAACGACUGAGGAUGAAUAUGCUUUGCAGUCUAGAUUACUGCAAGAGUUCACCAGUAUAUCCAGCUUUGACAAGGCAUGGAUUAAAUCUGACACUAGAAAUGGCUCCCAGCAGGCAAUGUUUUCAAUUAGUCAACCAAACCUUUUGGCAAACAAGAGGAGGAAAUUUAUUCUAUCCUCUCACAUUUCAAAAGGAAGCAGCAACUCAGUAAAGUUCGAAUGGGCCCCAAUUCCUGUUGAGAUGACAGGAGUCUCUGUGAUUGUUCCAUCACCGUCAGGUUCAAAGCUUCUUGUAGUUCGGAAUCCUGAAGCCGAAGCUCCCUGUCAAUUUGAAAUUUGGGGUCCAGCUCAAGUGGAAAAAGAAUUCCAUAUUCCCCAGUCUGUUCAUGGCUCAGUAUAUGCUGAUGAAUGGUUUCAGGGAAUUUCUUGGAACUCUGAUGAAACUCUCAUCGCUUAUGUUGCUGAGGAGCCAUCUCCUCCCAAGCCAACAUUUACAUAUCAGGGCUACAAGAAAGUUAGUACCAUUGAUAAGGACUCUGCCAACUGGAAAGGACAAGGGGAAUGGGAGGAGGAAUGGGGGGAAACCUAUGUUGGAAAAAGGCAGCCUGCACUUUUUGUCAUCAACAUUAACAGUGGAGACACACAAGCUGUUAAAGGAAUUGAAAAGCAUUUGAGUGUUGGCCAAGUUGUGUGGGCACCACCAGUUAGAGGAUCACAACAGUAUUUGGUUUUUGUUGGGUGGUCAGCAGAUACCAGAAAGCUCGGAAUUAAGUACUGUUAUAACAGGCCCUGUGCUUUGUAUGCGGUUAAGGCACCACUUUAUGGAUCAGAAGCUGAUGGGCAAGAGAUCAAACAUGAUAUACUUGGUGAAUUCUUUAACAGUUCCAGAGAUAAUUCAAUUAAAGAUUCUCCUGUGGUAAAUCUAACUAAAAGCAUAAGUAGUGCCUACCAUCCACGUUUCAGUCCAGAUGGAAAAUUGCUUUUGUUUUUAUCUUCAAGAAGUGCUGUGGAUUCUGGGGCACAUUCUGCAACAGAUUCUCUGCACAGAAUUGAUUGGCCAAUAGAUGGGGUGCCAUGCUCAUCUUUUAUAAUUUUUGAUGUGAUUCCUGUUGUAAUGUGUGCGGAUGAUGGUUGCUUCCCUGGCCUUUACUGUUCAAGUUUCCUUCGUAAUCCAUGGUUUUCUGAUGGAUGCACGAUGGUCGUAUCUUCCUUCUGGGGCAGCUGUCAAGUAGUACUUUCUGUCAAUGUGUUGAGUGGAGAGGUACUACGCAUCAGCCCUACUAAUUCAAACUUUUCAUGGAAUGUUCUUUCAUUGGAUGGGGACAACAUCAUUGCUGUGUCUAGCAGUCUAGUAAAUGUACCACGCAUCAAGUAUGGUUAUCUUGUUGAUAGACAGAAGAAAAGCACUGCAUGGAAUUGGUUAGAUGUACCAAGCCCCACAAACGAAUGCUCUGAGAAGGUGGAAUCUUUGCUCUCAUCUCUUCAGUUCAGUAUAAUGAACAUUCCUGUCAGGGAUGUUUCUGAUAGCCUAACAAAAGGUGCUGGAAAACCUUUUGAGGCUAUAUUUGUGUCUUCCAAAACUAAAAGAAGUGAUUCAUUUGAUCCAUUAAUUGUAUUCCUUCAUGGAGGCCCGCAUACUGUUUCUUUGUCAAGCUUUUCAAAGUCCUUAGCAUUUCUCUCUACAAUUGGGUUUAACUUGUUACUUGUAAAUUAUAGAGGUUCACUGGGAUUUGGUGAGGAAGCACUUCAAUCUCUUCCAGGGAAUAUUGGCUCCCAGGAUGUGAAUGAUGUACUUGUGGCUGUUGAUCAUGUCAUUGACAUGGGGCUCGCUAGUCCAUCCAAAAUCGCCAUUCUUGGUGGUUCUCAUGGUGGCUUUUUAACAACUCACUUAAUUGGUCAGGCACCGGAGAAGUUUUUUGUGGCAGCUACAAGGAAUCCUGCAUGUAACCUGGCAUUGAUGGUUGGUACAACUGACAUCCCUGAUUGGUGCUAUGUGGAGGCCUAUGGAAUUGAGGGCAAAAAUAGAUAUACAGAAGCACCUUCAGCUGAGCAUCUGGCUCUCUUUCACAGCAAGUCUCCUAUUUCACAAAUUUCAAAGGCCAAAACACCCACCCUUUUUCUCUUGGGUGCUCAAGAUAUUCGCCUUCCAAUUUGUAGCGGAUUGCAAUAUGCUCGGGCAUUAAAGGAAAAGGGAGUUGCUGUGAAAGUCAUUGUGUUCCCUAAUGACAACCAUCCAAUUGACAAGCCGCAAUCCGACUUUGAGAGCUUUCUAAAUAUCGGUGUGUGGUUCAAGAGGUAUUUGUUCUAAAUGAGCAGGAGUUUGGAAGCUUUCUGAAUGUUGCUGUGGUCAGGGCAAAUACUAAUAUACCGUGAAGGAGCUGUUUAGCAAAGUUACAUUUAGUAUGGUGGAUCCACAUACAGAUUCAAGUGGAAGUCAUUUUAAGUUUUUAACCAUAAAGAGGUUGUUAAACUGUACAUUUGAACCUUUAGUUAGAUAAAAGUAAUAUCUGAAUUCGGAAUUGGUGGUUUAGCAAGUUAAUAUGCCACUAUUUUUUUUUUCAAAUCAAAGCAUAAUAUUAUUAUUACGA